AUGAGCAUUUUUUCUUUAGAUGAAGAGUUUAGUCAACUGACUGUUGAUGGAAAUUGUGCCAUUUUACAGGAUGAACAAAGUACCAUCAUACAACAAAAAAAACAAGAAUAUCAUAUUGAAUAUCAAUCAAAUAAUGAUUUUGCAAUCGGAGUCCAGCAUAAAAACUUAAUGAGUUUAAACCCAACUGCAUUGCCUACAACAAGAACAACACCUAUUAUCAUAACACACCAAGCAACAUCUUCCAUUGAACCAAUACAUACUGCUGCUCAUGGCAUUAACAUUGCGGACACCAAGAGCACUACAUUAAACGUUACUGAUACCUAUAGUGAAAAUAACAAUAGCUUCAAAAGAAAUGAAUUAAAGGCGAUACCAAUAGGUUCAAGAAGCAGAAGAAGAUCAUCCAUGUUAUCUAAAUUAUCUAUAAAUACACCACCAAACACAACAAGAAUUUUAUUAAUGGAAAAUAGCAUUAAAGACAACAGUUGUUAUAUGAAUGAGAACGUCUUUGAAGAAGACGACGACGACAACGACGACGACAAUGAUGAUGAUGAUCAUACUAUUGCUGACGACAAAAUAGGACACAAACACAAACACAUCAAAAGAAAAUUAACAGACUUCCAACCUUUAAGAGUUUUGGGGAAAGGCGCUUAUGGGAAAGUCCUAUUAGUCAGGGAUCAUUAUAACAAUAAAUUAUAUGCCAUGAAACAAUUGAAAAAAGCAGAAAUCAUAUUAAUCCCUGACGAAGCUGAGGGUAGUCAAAAGCAAAAAGACAAUAUUGACAAUGAAGGAGCACUACAGAAAAGAUUAGAAAGAACUUUUGCUGAACGUUCGAUCUUAUCCAGCUUAGAACAUCCUCAUAUAGUGAAGCUUUUCUACUCGUUUCAUGAUAACAACAAGUUGUAUCUGUUAUUGCAAUAUAUUCCUGGAGGGGAGCUAUUUUAUCAUCUAAAGAACUUGGGUAAAUUAGAAGAGGACGCAGCAGCGUUUUAUGCUGCUGAAAUUAGUUUAGCACUGAAAUUUCUUCAUUCCAAAGGCAUUGUUUAUCGGGAUUUAAAACCGGAGAAUUGUUUGCUAAACGAGAGAGGGCAUUUAGUUUUAACCGAUUUUGGAUUAAGCAAACAGAAAACAAAUGAAGACGGUAAUAACAGUAGCGUCAACGAAGAAGAUGACGUAGAGACUCUGCAUUCUAUAAUAGGCACACCUGAAUAUGCAGCACCAGAAAUUCUACAGGGGAUUCCUUAUACCAGAUUAUGCGAUUGGUAUUCACUGGGUUGUAUUGUCUACGAUAUGAUAUGUGGAAAACCGCCUUAUGUAGGAGUAAACCACAAAGUGAUAUUGAACAAAAUAUUAAAGGAAAAACAGGUAAAAUUGCCAUUUUAUUUGAGUGAGGGUAUGAAAGACUUGCUGGGUGCAUUAUUAAAAAAGGAUGUUAACAAGAGAUGGAACGUUGACAAAUAUUGGAAAACUAUCCCCAAUAAUAAUAACAAUGGCAAUAGUAACAGUGGUAACAGGAAGAGAAAUAGGAGCAAGAAGUCGUCUCCCAGUAAAACAACUGGUUUCCAGCAACAUUUCGUUUUCAGAAAAAUCAAUUGGAAAAAUAUGGAAGAUGGCUCAUUACAACAAUCUUCUAAUGGGCCUAUUGUUCCUAUUAUUAAUGAUUGGUCAUUAGCUGAGAAUUUUGACGAGGAAUUUACAAACCAAAGAUUAGAUAGUGAUAUAACCGCACCUGAUACUGGUGUCGCACCAAUCGGUUGCAACAAUACUAACAACAAUAAUACUGUUUUUAAGGGAUUUAGUUAUGUGGCAAGUUCCAGUUAUUUGGAACGCUACUUUUAA